GAUAGAAAGGCACAAGUUUACCUCAAAAAUUCCCAACUAAAAAAAAAAAAAGGGAAAAAAAGUUUACGUCGGACACAUCAGCCAACACCCGGAAAGAAAACACACUAUCGUGUGAAAAUGAAACCCUAGCUCCCUGUUUCGAUCUCUUUCCGACCUUUCUCUCUCUCUGUCCCUCUCCGGUCGCCGCUUCGAACUCCGGCCACCGUCAAAGGAUUCUGCACAUAUCCGCGGUGAUCGAAACAUUUGAAAAACAAGAAAAAUGGCAGAGGAAGAAAUUCAGUUGAAUAAUGAGAAAGCAAAACCUGACAAGGAAAAGAAAAUUAAGAAGAAAAAGCAAUUGCUAAAGGAAGAUGCUGAAAUGGAGGAACAAGAUCAGAAUCAACUUCACAAGACCAGUUCCCAAAAAUCUAAAAAGAGGAAAGAGGAAAAGGCGAAAUGCAAAUCGUUGAAGGAAGAAAUGGAGAAGGAAGAAGAAAAUGGCGCGGGUGGAGAGAAGAAUCAGUCACAGGAAGCUGUUUUGGCCGCCAUUGAUGAAGGAAAGAAGAAGUCCUUGGAGGAAGAAGCUGAUGACGAGAAAACGGAUAUGAAAAAGAUUAAUAAAAGGAAGAGACGGCUUUUGAAAGAAGCUGCCAUGGCUAACAAGCGUGGAAUUUGCUACUUGAGUCGCGUUCCUCCCCACAUGGAUCCGUUCAAGCUUCGUCAGCUUCUCUCUCAAUACGGAGAGAUACAAAGGAUUUACCUUGUCCCUGAAAAGUCUGCUGGUAAAGCGCCCCGCAAGCGCGCCGGUCGGUUUCAAGAGCAAGGAUUUUCGGAAGGAUGGGCUGAGUUUUCUGAUAAAAGGAUUGCUAAAAGAGCCGCUAAUAUGCUAAAUGGUGAACAAAUAGGUGGGAGAAAGAGGUCAUCAUUCUAUUAUGAUCUUUGGAAUAUCAAGUACCUAAGUAAAUUCAAGUGGGAUGAUCUGACUGAAGAAAUUGCUUACAAUAAUGCCGCCCGGGAGCAGAAAUUGGCUUUAGAAAUUUCUGCUGCUAAAAGGGAGAGGGACUUCUAUCUCUCUAAAGUUGAUCAGGCCCGUGCCUUGAGUUCCAUAGAGAAACGAUUAAAGAAGAAGCAAAAGCUCCAAGAAGAGGCAGAAACGAAUGCUGAUCUCCCUGUUAGCCAGCAGUCACCGAAGGUUGUUCGGAAGUUUCAACAAAAACAACCUGUUGCUGAUAAUACCACAGUGAGCAAGCGUAGACUUUCUAAAGAUAUCCUGGCUGGGGUAUUUGGUAGUUCCUGAUGAUCGUGACUUCAAGAAAUUGACGCACUUCCAUGUUAAUCUGGGUGCUACAGUGUAGACCGGUUGAGGAAGCUCACACCACAGUUUUGUAUGAUCAAAUUUCAAGUAACUAGCAUGUGUAUCAUCUACUGUAGUUAGGAUCUCAAAUUCUUAGAACCUCGGCUAUGAUACUUGACACAUAAGUUUUUCACUAACCGAUGUUCUGAAUUUUUGACUCGAUUCUUUUCCACCAAUAAUCACAGUAAAAGAAACUGCUGCGUAUUGUCAUGUUCAUUCUCUGUUUCCACAACAAUCUGAAAUUGCGGUACAAUGCGCAUUAAAAAAAAAGACGGUUCGACAUUUUUAUUUAUCACUGAUUUUUAUAAUAGUGAUUAAGACAGAAAGAAAGAAAAAUACUUUUAACCGACUCUGUCUUGAUGCCAUUACCAAGUACAAUUGGAAGCAAAAUACAAGUCACUAACUGUAGAAUCAUUUAUUUUUUGAGAACUUUGGAACUAUAUAUUCAAUGUCGGGAUAAAUGCUAGGCAAUAUGGUGAACUUUGAUAGGGGGGUUUCGGCUCUGAUACUAACUGCAUCAACCGCACUUGACGUAGUAUAUUCAAAGCAUGGAUGAAGAUAAACAUAAAGUUGCACAAAAUGACCAAGGACAAAAACUAUUGUCUUCAUUUUAGAUGCAACUCCGGUGAGAUCUCGUGAUCUGAGGCACGCUUGGGCUCCUAGCGGUGAAACCCCGGGCAAUGGGGCCUGUAAUGGCUCUCCAAGCCUUGAGUGACGAAGAUCCAACGUGGCUAUCCUUGUGUGACAUUGUUGAGAGAUCUGGUUAAAUCUCGUCUGUUUAAGCCUCAACAAUUCGCGAGGCUGCUAUACAGGCGACAAUCGCUACUUUGGGGAGCCAGCACCGGAGAUCCAUGCUUCGGAAAAUACUGCAAAACCGAUGGCUAAAAGCAGUGAAGCCAACGCUGAAGAUCUGUGCGCGGGAGAAGCUCCGCAGAUCUGAUGGCUAUGAGCGGAUUUAACUAUGAUGCCA